AUGGCCGGGCGAAUGGCUACCGCGCCCAAUCAUGCACUGCAGUCGUGGACACUUCAGCAACGGGGUCCAAGCCUCAUGGUGAGCCCCCCGCCUGGCUUAAGUGACUUCUUUUGCAACUUCCGGACAAAGACCGCACGCUCACACAGGAGGGGCAACAGGCCGUCACCUGCCAAGCAGCGCCGAGAUGCCCAGCGCAGCUCUGCUUACAAGCCGAUGGGAACAGUCUUAGCCUCCGCGAUUAAAUCGAUUCUCGUGGGCAGAGAAGGAGUGCUGAAUGAUAUAUACACGGCUUGCUCCAGUGCUUGCUCCACUGCUGGCAAUGUUCGCGGCAGACAUCGCGACUUGUAUCCGAUGCCUUUGCUGGGUUCCUGGCCUGAAGACGUCCGGGUGCCUGGGACCUGCGUGGAAGCAGCCUUGAGCGUUGCUAAUGCUUGCAUCCUGAGCCUCAACACCAUGUGGUGCGACUUCAAAGUUGCUCGAGUGGUACCGCCCCGCAACCGCCCGACAGCCCCACAGCAAGAGGUGCACAACCAUGUGGUGAAUAGGACUGCGCGACUGCUGUCACGGUUGUCGCAGCACCAGGACCAAGGCUUCCCUUGGUGCGGCAUGUUCAAUCGCUUUGAACAAGCCCAGCAACCGCGGUAUGAAGAGCUGCGAGGGGACGCUGUGGAUCUGCCACAAAAGGCCGCCACGUGCGACCCUCUGGUGCAUCUUCCUUCUGGCUUGCGCGAGGCUGUUUCACAUCCUGCUACGAUCUUCCCGGACCAGGCAGAUGGCUUUCCUUCGGACAUGGGCAGCGAGCAAGCGACAGACCGAAGGGAGUAUAUUGCUUUGGUGGUGCGUGAGCUGCAGUGUGGCAAGCUUAGGUUGCGACGACAUGUCCGAGGCAUUGCUCCUGUUUUCGCUGCGCAGAAAGCGGAAGGCCGGCAGCGAAAGAUCUGGAACGGGUCGCGCUUGUCCCAGCUGGCUCUGAGACCGCCAAAGCCAGAGCGGUUGGCGUCCCCUUCCGUUUUCCUGGACAUGCAUGCCCAACCAACAGAAGCACUGUUCUACUCAAAGCGUGAUGCUGAGACCUUUUUUGAUGUGCUUCGAGUGCCUUUGGAGUUGCAAACUUGGUUUGGCCAGGAGCUCUGCAGCGCCGGCAAGUGGACAUUGCUGGAGCUGAGCUCUCUCGUCGAUGAUCUGUCGGGCUCGGUGCUGACAGGCGACUCCAGGCUUCACCCUGUCCACGCUGUGUGGCCCAUGGGGUUCAGCUGGUCAUGUGCUGUAGCUCAGAGUACCACGUUGUCUGUUGUGGCGGCGGCAGGCAUUUCACAAGAGCAGGUGCUGAGUAUGGACUAUCCCCCGCCUGAUGACCAGACUGAACUGUGCCUGGUGGCCACUGAUGACACCGUUUUUGUGCACAGGGACAAGGAACGUGGCCAAUGCACUCUUGACAAGUUUGACGCAGCUAUGGCCGCAGCUUCAAUCCCGCGGAAAGUCAGCAAAGACAUUUCCUUGUCCGAAACGAUUACGGCGCUAGGGUGCGAGAUCACCAGCCGGCCACACAUGGCAGAGCCGGCUGUGGCAAAGCUUUUCACUUGUGCGGGCAGCCUACUAGACGUUUUGGACAAGGGCGUCGCCUCUCCAGCAGCACUCAAUGGGUUGUUGGGUCUUUUGCAAUGGUUCUGCCUGCUUCAACGACCGGUGUUUGCAACCUUUGAUCAGGUGUAUGAGUUUGCAAGGCGCACUCCCCAAAGCAAGCCACAGAAGUUGCCAGCAAAGGUCAAACAAGAGCUGGCUGUGGUCUUCGGCUUGCUUCCGCUGCUCAGUGUGGGACUGGACAAGCCCUUUUAUGAGGAGCUGCUAGCGUGCGACGCGGCGCCUGAAUUUGGCUUUGGUGUUUCCGCAGCUGCGUGCAAUGAAUCUACUCUGCUCUCCGUCAGCCGCUUGGCAGAACGCCGUGGAGACUACGUCCGCCUACGCCAGGAGCCAGGUGAGGAGACUGAGCAGACUCGAAUUGGAACACCGCACAGGCUAAAGGUGUCAAAGAAAGCUUUCCGGACCAUCGUCAGUGCACGUGCUGGCUACAAGGCGCAUUCUGGUGUCUUGGAGGCGCAUGGCUUGCUUUUGACUUUGAAAUGGCUGGCCCGCAGCCGCAGAAAGCAUCACAAGAAAGUCGUCAUCCUUGUCGACGCAAAAGCUGUGCUUGGAGCGGCAGCCAAAGGCCGGACCUCCUCACCAAGUCUGCGAGGUGUCAUCCGGGCUGUUGCAGCGCACAGCUUGGCAAGCGACUUGCUUGUGAAGUUAAUUUACAUUCCGUCCGAGAGCAACCCUGCAGACGCUCCUUCCAGAGGGAAGGGCCGCCUCCAUCGAAGAGUUCGUCGGCAACAGCGGGAAUGA